GCACCACAUGCUCUCUCUUCUCCCCCCUCUCCAAACCCUAAUGGCAUCUGAUUCUCCACUAUGAAAGUAUGAAUCUCGUCAAUCUCUUUCCAAAAGAGAAGCCAUUAAGCUCUGAAUCAAAAGCACGCACAAAGCUAGCUCAAAAGCACCAUGAGUUUUCCAUCUCUUCCUCUUUUUCUGCACCCAUCAACAAAUUGGACGAACAAGCAACGAGCUCAUCCUCAGCUGAGCAACAGCUUUGUCGCCGUUGAUGAUGGCCAAUAUGAAGCUGGAGCUCCGGUCAGGCCUUCAGAAUCUUCGGCGGUGGCAAAGAUGGCUUCCAGGCCGUCGCCUGAUCAGCAUGCAGUGAUCGAGUGCCCCCGGUGCAACUCCACCAACACCAAGUUCUGCUACUACAACAACUACUCCCGUUCGCAGCCGCGCCACUUCUGUAAGACGUGCCGCCGCUACUGGACGCAUGGCGGUGCCCUGCGGAACGUCCCAGUCGGCGGUGGCAGCCGCCGGAGUAACAAACAAACAGCCAAGCACUCCAAGCCCCAAACUGCGACUGCCAACUACACAAGCCCGUCUCUCAGCGUUGCAUCUAUGAGGCCACCACCACUACUAAUUAACAACAACAACAACAAUAACGACAACCAUAACCACCCCGUGAUACAUAAUUUUGGGGUAGGGCAGCAGCUCCCUCCAGUAGGGAUGGCGGCGGCGCCUCAACCGUGCCCAAACCCAUACACAUCAUUUGGAGAAGAGAAUAAUGUUGGAGUUACAGUGAAGAUGGAGAAUAUUGGAUAUGAUCAUCCUAGGGUUCAGUUUUCAUAUGAUCCAUCGAAUAUUAAUAACUACAACGAUAUGUUUACUUGUGGAGACAGUGGAAGCAUGAGCAGUUGCAUUGCAUGGCCAUCAGCUACUACUGGUUUCAGCUAUGGAUCAUCCUCACCUCAUCACCUUACUUUCAUGAAUUCAGAUCUGCCCUAAAUAUAUCUUGUUAUUGAGGAACCAGGUAGGUGUUCCUAAUCAUCAUAUAUAUAUAUAUAUAUAAUAUUUUCAUUACGAAGUUGGGUAAUUAAUUAUAUAUAUUAAUUAUGGUUUCAAUGUUAUGCAUUAAUAAUUUGGAAUUUGUAUGUGACUAGCUAUGGCCUUCUCAUGUAUGAUCCGCAACUAUCAUCUUAUUAACAAUGCUAAUUAAGGUUAGUGUUUGCUUAAUUGCGAUGUUUGACAUAUAUGGUAAUAAUGUUUUUUUUUAAAUUUUAAUUAUGCAAAAAUUUAUGCAUCUUUUGUAGAUUGUUUGCUAGCAAAUGGCUCCCAGAGCAUAGUUGAGUUGGUCAUCAUGUGGUAUAUUUGUAGAAUUUAGCAAGUGUUGAUUUCCGAUGAAAUCGAAGUAAAUACCCUCCCAGGUGAUGACCUUCUCGGUUUUCUGGUUUACCUUUCUCUAAGAACUGUGGGACCAGUGGUGUAGGGUGUCCAAAGUCAGCGUAUAACCUUUUGCAGAAUUAUUUACUAGCAAAUGAAUAUAUAUUGCAUGCACUCUUUCAUCGUUUGUGAUAUGCCCGAACGCCCAAGCUAACUAGUUAUGUAGAUCUUGAUGUUGCCCUAUGGUGCAAUUAUGGUUGUAGUUGUAGAGCCAAACAUGAUUUUAUGAUCAUCAUCUUGUACAAUUUUUUUAAUCAAAUAUACAAGUGAUAUGGAAUAAUGGAUUGACUUAUUAACAAAUU